GCUGAUAGGCUGACAUGUGUUUCUGUAUGAACACAUCCUCUGUUCUUCACGCCAUACGUUUCGGACACGCCCGUUGAGUCUACCUGUGCAGGCAGGACGCUGUUCGGCGCCUCACGUGAUGCGGUGACGCUGACAGAGGUACGGACAGCGGCAGCAGUCAGACCCAGCUCUCGGUCAGUCCGCAUCAGCAUCAUCACCAGGACGAAGCAUCUCUGCAUUUCAUCCGGACUUAGACUUUGGAGCCAUGCGUGGGCCAGCUGCAGCGGGGUUCUCGGUGCUGACCGCCUUUCUGCUCUGCGGGCCGCUCCUCUGCGCCGCGGCCAGGAGCCAGCAGCACAAUGACCGACCCAUCAUCGGUGUGUUAGCGCAAGAAAAUCUGUCUGAUGACCAGUUUGCUCGAGGGUCUUCUUACAUUGCUGCCUCCUACGUCAAAUUCCUGGAGAGUGCUGGAGCCAGGGUCGCACCAAUCAGGAUCAAUCGCACAGAAGAAGAAUAUAUCAAGAUAUUCAACUCAAUAAAUGGGUUGCUGCUGCCAGGGGGAGACGUAGACAUUCAGACAUCCCAGUUCAGUCGAGCUGCCAGGAUCUUUUACAACUUGGCUUUGAAGGCCAAUGAUGCAGGGGAUUACUUCCCCAUCUGGGGGACGUGCCAGGGCUUCCAGCAACUCUCCGUUCUCACCGCCAGAAAGAACCUGCUCACUCUCACCAAAACCAAGGCCGUGGCUCUGCCACUCAUCCUCACACCUGCGGCCCAGUCCAGCCGCUUGUUCAGGAGUUUUCCCAGGGAUGUGCUGCAGUCUCUGGCUAAUGAAAACAUCACCUCCAACUUCCACAGCUGGAGUCUUUCCAUACAGAACUACACCCGAAAUGCCAAACUGAAGAGGUUCUACAGAGUGUUGUCCACCAACAGCGAUGGAGAGAAAGAAUUCAUCUCCACCAUGGAAGCUUACCGCUACCCGUUCUACGCUGUCCAGUGGCAUCCUGAAAAGAGUCCGUUUGAGUGGAUAGAUAAGCCAGGCAUGGUUCACACUGUCUCUGCCGUCAGAAUCAGCUUCUACACUGGAAGCUUCUUCGUCUCUGAAGCCUUGAAGAGCCAGCACCGUUUCUCCAACGCUGCUGAAGAAGACAGAGCUCUGAUUUAUAACUUCUCCCCCGUCUACAGAGGCCUCAAUGCAAUCUUCAUCCAGAACUAUUACUUUGAUUGAUGAAUGAUGUUUAGGAACUAAAGGUCCUGAGUUCAGAUUAAUCAUAAUUUAUCAUAUGUCAGAAAUCAUUUUAUUAGCUUGUAUCAUUGGUAGAAAAAAGUUUACCAAAGUAUUUUACAGGAACUAAUAAAGAAAAAGCUAAAA